CGGAAGAACUUGGAGGAGUCCUGGGAGCGCGCACGUCCCGAAGCCCGCGCCGGUGCAGCACGGUGACCGCGCACGCUGGGCAGCCGCGGUUGGCGUUGCAGGUCGCGAGGAGCUCUGAGACGGAGGACCCAUGUGGAAACUGCUCCCGGCCUCGGGAGCGGCUCCAGGAGAACCAUGCAGACUUUUGGCUGGUGUAGAGUACAUUGUUGGAAGAAAAAACUGCGCCAUUCUGAUAGAAAAUGAUCAGUCAAUCAGUCGGAAUCAUGCCGUGUUAACAGCAAACUUUGCUGUAACCAAUUUGAGUCAAACAGAUGAAAUUCCUACAUUGACAAUAAAAGAUAAUUCUAAGUAUGGAACCUUUGUUAAUGAGGAAAAAAUGCAGAAUGGCCUUUCCUACACUUUGAAGACAGGAGACAGAGUUACCUUUGGCGUGUUUGAAAGUAAAUUCAGAGUAGAAUACGAGCCUUUGGUUGUUUGUUCUUCUUGUUUAGAUGUCACUGGGAAAGCCGCUUUGAAUCAAGCUGUGUUACAGCUUGGAGGACUUACAACAAACAACUGGGCAGAAGAAUGUACUCAUCUUGUCAUGUCGUCGGUCAAAGUCACCAUUAAAACCAUAUGUGCACUCAUUUGUGGAUGUCCAAUUAUAAAGCCGGAAUACUUUUCUGAAUUUCUCAAAGCGGUUGAGUCUAAGAAACAGCCUCCAGAAAUUGAAAGUUUUUACCCACCCAUUGAUGAACCAGCUAUUGGAAGUAAAAGUGUUGAUUUGUCAGGACGACAGGAAAGAAAACAAAUCUUCAAAGGGAAAACAUUUGUAUUUUUAAAUGCAAAACAGCAUAAGAAAUUAAGUUCAGCGAUUACUUUCGGAGGCGGGGAAGCCAGGCUGAUAGCAGAAGAAAAUGAAGAGGAAGAGAGUUUUUUUUCAGCUCCUGGAACUUGUGUUAUCGACAUAGGAAUAACAAAUACACAGAUCACAAUUACUGACUCCCAGAAGAAAUGGAUUCAUUUGAUAAUGGAUAUGCUUCAAAGGCAUGGCCUUAGACCUAUUCCUGAAGCAGAAAUUGGAUUGGCUGUUAUUUUUAUGACUACAGAGAAUUACUGUAAUCCACAGGGCCAGCCUUGUACAGAAUUAAAGACAACGACUCCAGGACCAAGCCUUUCCCAAGACUUGUCAGUCAAUGGAAAAAUAAUGCCAAGUGCUCCAGUGAACAUGACAGCAUAUGUAGCGGACACAGAAUCAGAGCCAGCGGACACAUGUAUGUCUCUGAGUGAAAGACCAAGAGAAGCAAAGAUCGCUGGGAUGGAACAGAAUUCUAGAAAGCUUUCUCAAGAAACCUACAACAUAAAGGACGCCCACAAACCAAGCUCCAAAACGGGUAGUGCAGCAUCAGAUAUGCUGCCUAGGGAAAAGAUUCCAGACUACCAGCUUUCACCGAUGAAAUCCCCUGCUGCAAAUAAAAAUAAAGGCUGGGCUUCUGCACAGCAGCAGAGCUCCAUCAAAAACUACUUCCAGCCAUGUGGCAGGAAAAGGGAAAGGCAUGAAGAAAAUGCAGAAAUGUCCUCAUCCAAAUCAUCGAGACUGGAACUGUCUUGUUCUCUUUUAGAAGAGACACAGCCUGCUGCACCCUCACUGUGGAAAAGCAAGGAGCAUCUGUCUCAGAACAAGCCUGUGGACAAGGAAGCACAUGCCUCAUUUGAGGGUGACAGAGACAUAAAACCCAGCGGGAAGAGUUCCGCCAUUACAGCCUUUUCCAUAGAAACUCUUAAACCAAAAAAAAGAAAAGUCGUUGACUUGGCUCUAGAAGAGGAAGCCCUGGAAGAGUUACUCAGGAGGACAAAGCCAGAGCUGGCAGUUGAGGUGAAAGUUGAAAAGCAAGAGGAAGAUGUCAGCACCAGAAAAAAGCCGAGGACAGAUGCAGAAUGGAAUCAUCACCUUAAUGGUGAGACAGUGCCAGAGAGCAACAGAAUAAUUCAAGAAGAUGAAACAGAAAAGAAAAAUGAGUUCCAGAGAGAAUUACCACGGGCAACAAAAGAUGAAAAAACUGGUAGUGAUGAACUUCAGGACAGCAGUGAGGUGCUUCCGAGGAGAGUGCUGCUGACGGAAUUUAGGUCAUUGGUGGUUAGUCACUCCACUGCCAGAAGUCUGUGCGUGCUAAGUGAUUAUGGUCAACUGAAGAAUUUCAAGAAAUUCAAGAAGACCACAUUUCCUGGAGCAGGAAGGCUUCCACACAUCAUUGGAGGAUCAGAUUUAGUAGCUCACCAUGCUAGAAAGAACACAGAAUUAGAAGAGUGGCUGAAACAUGAAAUGGAGGUACAGAAACAACAAGCGAAAGAAGAUUCUCUUGCUGAUGACCUGUUUAGAUAUAAUCCUAAUGUAAAAAGAAGAUAACUGAACUUUGUGAAGGAAGCCAUAGAAACACAUUUCUUAGCAAACGUUUAUUUCAGGCCAACUGGGAUACGCAAAUAUAGUACAUGGAAAUUACAAAUCCUUUAAGGCUUCAGUUCAUUAAAUAAAGCCAACAAAUUCCAUUCA